AUGGCGGUGGAAGGAGCCAUGAAGUGUGUCAAGAUCCUGCACUACGUCCUGCUGCUGGCCUUCUUCGCCUGUGCGGUGGGGCUGAUGGCCGUGGGCGUGGGCACCCUGCUGGUCUUCAAUGCGACCGUGGACCAGGGGACCGCCAGCGGCGUGCUGCCUGUGGUCAUCAUCGCCGUGGGCGCCUUCCUCUUCCUGGUGGCCAUUGUGGGCUGCUGCGGGGCCUGCCAGGAGAGCUACUGUCUUAUGGUCACGUUUGUCAUCUUCCUGUCUCUCAUCUUGCUGGUGGAGGUGGCCACCGCCAUCGCUGGCUAUGUGCUUCGAGACAAGGUGAGGUCAGAAUUCAGUAAGGACUUCCGGCAGCACGUGGAGAAUUAUCCCAAACAGAACCAGACCGAUGUUUACCUGGACAAGAUGCAGACACAAUUCAGCUGCUGCGGGGCGGAUAACUACACAGAUUGGCAGAAGCUCCCUCUGGAGCCCAAGAACUGGGUCCCCGACUCCUGCUGCGUCAAUGUCACCGUGGGCUGUGGGCUCAACUUCAAGGCGAAGGACAUCCACACCGAGGGCUGUGUGGAGAAGAUUGGGGCCUGGCUGAAGGGCCACGUGCUGGUGGUGGCUGCAGCGGCCCUGGGCAUUGCCUUUGUGGAGGUCCUGGGAAUUAUCUUUGCCUGCUGCCUUGUGAAGAGUAUCCAAAGUGGCUAUGAAGUGAUGUAG